AUGUAGAAUAAUUAAGGUGGUUAGAGUUUGCGAAUUGAGAAUGGUGCUGAUGAUCGGCGAUUGGAGAGAUUGGAAAUCAAGCCAAUUAAUUCAAAUAUUUCGAGAUUUAAUUCAAUGAUGUAGGUGUGGAAGGAACAUGAGAUACCCGAGUGUCAUUAGAAGUACUACUAUAAUGUGAUAUUGAAACAUUAGCAAUAAGCUGAUGAAUUGAUGAGAAUUGAAAUUGACAGCAUCUCAACCAACAAAAGUGUGGUCAGAACUUUGCAUCAGCUGACCAUAGGGAGGGAUAGGUGUCUGAAAGAAAUAUCCAGAACUAAGCAAGGGAAUAUUUCAGAUUUCUUGAAAACAAUUUCAAAAUUUAUUUAUGAUCUUCGCAAACUCACUUUGAAUCUAAUUGAAUUCCAUAGGAAAUGGAUGAAUUCUCUGAACUCUAGGUUCGAGUACAACUACAUCUGGAGAAUCAAGGACAGAAAUUAUUUGCAUUAAAUAAAGGAAGAUCAUAAGUUCAUACAGAAUCACCAUCCCAAGAUGAGACAAUAUUUCUAAUUCAGUGACGAGGACAUCUUCUACCUGAGUGUCGUCAAACAAGCAGAAUAAGACGACGAAUAGAAGUACGAGCAUUUGAUGAAGCACAAGAUGGAUAAGAAAUACAUUGAGAAGAUGAUAGAUCUCCAGGAAUACUUCAAUAAGCAAAUAAAAGAUUACAAACCUGUGAAUCUUGGGAAUCCCUCCUCCUAAAAUUCAGAAAUGAAUCAUGCAGGUUCUCCAGGAUUUUCAGGUAAAAAGAACAUCAACUUGGGGAAUUAUGCAAGCAAAGUGAUAUACACAGCAGAGGACUUUCAGUUUAAUUUGGUUUCGUAUCCAUAUAAGGAUUUGGAGGCAAUACUCGAGAAUUGGUCAGCUCAGAAUGUACAAGAAUUGAAUGACAGUUUUAAAUAUCCAAUUAAUCACGUCAAAGACUUAUUGAUGUAUUGGCAGGAGGCUGCCAUUGUGAGAAUCAAUUAAAAUGGACUGAUACUAUGUUCAAUCGAUUAGGAGUUCAAUGGAAGAAGGUGGAUUUUGCAUUAAAUAUAUUUGUAAAAGGAAGUGUAAUGGCAAUAGAAAUUGAAUCUUGUGAUUCAACAUUUUAUCAAAAUGUUGAUAAUGUAAGGAGACUCUUUUACCUCAUUGGCAAUUUGCUGCAGCAAUGAUUAGUCUAUCAAAAGAGUGUUGAUUGAUUUGAAAUUCACAUUCUCAAAGAACAUAACAUAUAAUCAAUUUAAUGUGGUCAUUUAUGAAUAGAAAAUCUAAAAUGCUUAGCAACAUAAUAAUCGAAGAUAUUACACUCCUCUGACUUUGAGAAUGCUCAGAAUUUACGCAACCGAAACUGAUUCAACUCUGAUAACAAACGAGGAAUUGCUUAUUGCUUAAUAUUGUGCAAAUCUUGGAAAGAAUUAAAUUAUCAAAUUUGAAAACAACAUCUUGGCAUUGGCUCCAUAUUUGAGUAAAAAUAAAUUGUAUGGUCAAGACUAUAUGUUAAUUUAGAAACCAGACGAUGUGAAAAACAAAUUCCAGAUUGACUUCAGUUCUCCUGUUACCACUCCAGUCUAUUUCCAACAAUUCAAUGUGAAACUCAAUUUCAAAUACUUCAGUAGUGAGUUCUAUCGAAACAACACUCAGCCCUACCUUCGACUUACUGCUCAUCCGACCAUGGAUAAACAGGAACCCUCCAUUCUGUAGUUAAAUUCCUCGGAAAACUCUAACGGCGUGAUUCAUCUGAUCUCCACCAUUGACCCAUUUAUCAAGAUGUAUUCAAUUGUCACUCAAACAAUAGAUUCGUCAUGGAAGUGCAAUCCAAUUAGAUAUUUUAAUUCCAACAUUCAAACCUUCAUCAACCAAACCUUUGAGAAAUUUGACAAGUAGCAGGAAUGCCAUCAGCAUCUCUGGCUACCUCAAUUCAAAUGUAGUGGGAAGUAGCUCAAAUUAAAUGACACAAAUAUUGAUGCCUACUUUCAAAAUGAUACCUAUUUGUCAGUGACAUAUCCCAGGAAUCCAUCAUUGCACACCAACAAAUAGUUUAAUGAUGCAGAUAAGAUCAUAUCGCCUCCAUUUCUUUUUGGGAUUGUGCAGAGUGAUCUGGAAUAAAUAAAUAAACCCUUAUUCUCCAUUCUGAUAGACAAGUAGAAUAUCAUCAAGACAUCUGAAAAAUUAACCAAUAACAACGCUUCUCUUCCUGUCCCAGUUCAAUUAUAGCCGAAGGAAACUGAGUCUGUUCUCAGGGAGUUAAUCAAAAACACAGAUUAGGAUAUCAAGAGAUCGUUUUGUUCGGAUCCUGCCAUUUUGAUCUACAAAUUAAAUUAUUCACUUGAAUGUUCAGUGAUUAAUCUAAACAUUGGCCAUGCAAUUAUCUACGUUGACGAGAAUCAUAUCCUAGAGAAAAGGUGGGUCAUUGAAUCAAUCAUGGUUAACAAUCUAAACAAUUUGUCUCCAUUGCUCACCAAAUUGAUCGAAUACAUCUUCACUAUUGAUCCCUCAGCUAAUGAAAUCCAAAUCUGUUAGAAUCAUUACUAAGAGCAAGGAGAGUUGGUUGCAAAUACCACUAUAAUGAAUUCAAUCAAAAAGGCUAAGUUCCGAUGGAGACUAGUUGACAAUGAUGCCAAAACCCAAGUCAGAAGGACUAUCUAUUAUCUUAAGCGAUCCCUUGCAGAAUUUCCCAACAAAACACAAAACCAAGUCUCCAUUUAAUUCAGAUCCUACUAUGCCACUCAGACGAGUGAAGUGAGAAACCAAAUCCAAAAUCAUUUAGAAUAUCUUCACUCCUCCAAUGUAUAGUAAUUCUUUGAGGAUUGCUUCUAAUGUCAUGUCAAUGGACAAGUCCCUGAUUCCAACUCCUACCUCCAAAAGAAAUUGCAAUCCAUCCAAGGCAAACUGCCUAAUUCAGAAUUCCUGAGUAUUUAAACUCCUGAAGAUCUUAGAUCUUAAAUCAAAUUCUCAAUCAAUUUGCCUUCAUUUGAGAGCAGAUAUUAGAAGUUCGACUUGCUUCAAAUGAUUACGCAACUGAAGAUCAAAAGGUAGAGACAAGUGAAUUAUAAAGAUAAGACCUAUUUAGAAAUACCCAAUUACAAUGGAUUGCAAUAGAUAUUUCAAUCUGAGAAUUAUCAAUUGAAUUAGAAGAUCUUCUUCAUUGCUACUCAGGAUCCCCUCUAUUUCCUGUAUUUUAUAGAGUUGACCAAUCAAACUUUGAUUCAGCAGAUUCAGAAUGAUCAACUCAGUGUGGUCAGCCAAGUUUCACAAGCCUUCGUGACCAAAUACCUAAGCAAUCACUAAUUGGUGUGGAUUGAAUAGUUUUAGAAAAUCAUUCCCAUCCACCAAAAAUAGAAUUUCUUGUACAUUGAUUUUGCACUGAAUUCACAAUUCUCAAUCGAGCAAUCUGUGAUCAUGGAUGACGACUCUGCCCAUUUGGAAGAAAUCUAUAAGAUCAACUUGCCUCUGUUUUGUGGACUCUUGAACACCAAUGUGAGAACCCUAUUUGAGCGUCCAUUGAUAGGAAUGAUAAUUGAUUGA